AUGGAAAUCGACGCGUGCCCCUGCAGCGUAGGCAAUCAUUCCAAGGCGUUGUCGCAUUGUACUUGUACCUCCAACAUCCCUCUACACGGCGACAAAGUUAUCGACACCGAUAACACUUCACGAAAACGUCUCAACCACCUGACAGCGAGCCAUCUAAAGGCCCUGGAGGAUAUCACUGAUGAGGCGCAAUUAAAAGCUACUCAACAUGACAUACGCAACGACCCUUCUGCUCCAUCUCAAGCCCCUGAUUUCGGUGACAUAUCGUUGAUGUUAGACGUUCAAUCUGGUCCCCAAGCCAGUUCUUCGCGACCUCCUUUGGCCCAUGCUGAUGCAGCCGAAAUAGACAAAUGGAAGCAACAUCGUCUCCAGAAGAUACUUUAUUACCGCCGCAAACGUGCACAGGAGGCAGCCAAGGAAGGCCGACAGAUCAAGACGAAGAAACGAAAGAACCCUGAUAAAGACAAGGAGAGCACGACACCCGCCUCUGCCAGAGAUGUGCUGGCGGAUCAGAGUCCUCAUAUUGACCAUAACGAGCUUAACACUGGAGUGGAAGUCGUUGAUACGAACAUGGAAGAGUCAAUAGAAACAGCCGAGGUGUGGGACGAAGAUGACACAGCGCAAACUUCAAAGAAGACACAGGCAUUUCUCAAGGAUAACGUGGACGCAGAGGUGUUGAGCAGUUUUGGUCUCGACCUGUUCCACCUCUCGACGCUUGGGCGACUGCUGAGGAAUAUUCAACUCCUGGGGGCGAUCACGAAGGACUUCGUGUCUGAGGUAAUUCGUCGUACAAUAAUUACGAAGGAGCAGGAAAUCAGGUUGAAAGGAACUUUGAAGGUGUGGUGUUAUGACUUGGACGAGAUCAACAAAUACAACGUCCAGGAGUGCCUAGAUACCAUGGGUCUGAGUGCCUAUGACAAGAAGAAAUAUUGUGCGGAACUUUUUGAGCGUGUUGGUGAUGCCGAAAAAGAGGUAUCAGGGGAAGAAGAGGACGAUCCAGCAAUGGCGGUUGAACCAGUACAAUGCAUCCAGACGACCCAGAACAAAGUUCAUUCCCGCUUUACCCUUCCGGAGUCCCUCUUAUGGUGCGCUUUGCCAAGCCACCGCGAAAUAUUUAGCACCGACGAUGUAGUCCCUCUUGAAGUUGACGAAGCUGCGCUGUUAGGGGAAUUGGAGGAGGACGGUCAAUUGGACGUGAAGGAUAUGGCGGCAUCUAAACAAUACGAGGACACUCUUUGGGCGACUGAUGUUCUUGACAUCUUGUGA